CACUGGCGCCGAGGCGAGGUCGCGGCGAAACGGAGGCGCGGUGGUUGCCGGGCCGUGCUUCUCAGGACCCGGCUGGAACGCGCGGCUCCUGGCUGGGACACGUUUUGUGCUUUCUGAGGAAGGGAAGUGGCGGAUCCAGAGGCCCCUCUGCAGCGCGGGACUAAGCCCGCCACGCAGGCGCCUGAGCCCCCGCCGCCAUUGUUGUCCGGGGCCUCCCGGCCGCUCUGGCUGUGCGUCCGCCAGGUCCCAGCGACAGUCCAACCGGCUUGUCUCCCCAGCCCUCAGACAGAAAAGCUAGAAUUGGCUGGCAUUAAUAUGCAAAGCAGGGUCUCUUAACCAUCACUGUAAGUUCGGGGCUCAAAAUUUGUAACUAAGGCUGCUAACUACCUUGACUCUCUUCUGCCCCUGGUCUCAGCAGCCCUAGAUAGAAUGUCUUUGUGGCUCUAGCAUGAAACUUCAAGCGGUUGGCUCACUACUACAGAAAUAAAGGAUAUUGUCAAAUUGACUCUCCUUUCUGUAACAAUGUCAGCCCCAAGCAAGAGGAUAACCAGUUCUUCACGCUCCCAAAUCCAUCUAAUGUGGAAGCCAGACAAGGCUCAGAGUAGACCCCACAGUGUUGAAAAGGAGGUCUUUGCUUCAAGACGCUUGCGUGACGCUGAGACAUGUCGACAGAAUUUUAGGAAUUUUUCAUACCCAGACCUGGCUGGUCCUCGAAAAGCAUUGAAUCAACUCCGAGAACUCUGCCGUAAGUGGCUGAGACCUGAGAUUCACUCAAAGGAACAAAUUCUGGAGCUGCUGGUGCUGGAGCAAUUCCUGACCGUCCUGCCUGGGGAGGUUAGGACUUGGGUGAAAUCCCAGUACCCAGAGAGCAAUGAGGAAGUGGUGACACUGGUGGAGGAUUUGACUGAGAUUCUGGAAGAGGAAGCUACUCCUCAGAACUCUGCCCUUUCCCAAGAGACCCCAGAGGAAGACCCCAAAGGAAGACAUGCUUUCCAGGCAGGGUGGCUAAAUGACUUGGUAACCAAAGAAUCAAUGACAUUCAAAGAUGUGGCUGUGGAUAUCACCCAGGAGGACUGGGAGCUAAUGCGUCCUGUACAGAAGGAAUUGUAUAAGACUGUGACAUUACAGAACUAUUGGAACAUGGUUUCUCUAGGACUUACAGUGUACAGACCAACUGUGAUUCCCUUAUUGGAAGAACCAUGGAUGGUGAUAAAAGAAAUCUUAGAAGGACCUAGUCCAGAAUGGGAAACAGAAGCCCAAGAUUGUAAUCCAGUUAAAAAUGUUUCCAAACUCACCACGGGUGGAACCCAGACUAUCAAAUUGGAAGAACCAUAUGACUGUGAUGACAAAUUAGACAGGCAAUCAACAAAUACCUUCAGGGAAAUUCCCACUGGUGAAAGAGAUUUCAGUUUGAGGUCAGUUCUUUCACAAGAAGAUGACUCUACAGAAGAGUAUCUUCUUAAAUAUGAUAUAUAUGGAAAUAAUUUUGAAAAGCAUUCAAACCUAAUUAUACAGUUUGAUACCCAGUCAGAUAAUAAAACUUCUAUAUAUAAUGAAGACAGGGCAACCUUCAAUCAUGUCUCAUAUGGUAUUAUACAUAGGAAAAUUCAUCCUGGAGAGAAGCCUUAUAAAUGUAAUGUGUGUGGGAAAAAGUUUAGGAAAAACCCAUCCCUCGUGAAACACCAAAGUACCCAUACCAAAGAGAAAUCUUACGAAUGUGAAGAAUGUGGGAAAGAAUUUAGGCACAUUUCAUCUCUUAUUGCACAUCAGAGAAUGCAUACCGGAGAAAAACCUUACGAAUGCCACCAGUGUGGUAAAGCCUUCAGCCAGAGAGCACACCUUACUAUACAUCAGAGAAUUCAUACGGGAGAGAAACCUUAUAAGUGUGAUGACUGCGGGAAAGACUUUAGUCAGCGUGCACACCUUACUAUACAUCAGAGGACACAUACUGGAGAGAAACCAUAUAAAUGCUUGGAAUGCGGUAAAACCUUCAGCCACAGUUCAUCACUGAUUAAUCAUCAGAGAGUUCAUACUGGAGAAAAACCUUAUAUAUGCAACGAAUGUGGGAAAACUUUCAGUCAGAGUACACACCUUCUUCAACAUCAAAAAAUACAUACUGGAAAGAAACCAUAUAAAUGCAAUGAGUGUUGGAAAGUAUUUAGUCAAAGUACUUAUCUUAUUCGACAUCAGAGAAUUCAUUCUGGAGAAAAGUGUUAUAAAUGUAAUGAAUGUGGAAAAGCCUUUGCUCAUUCCUCAACUCUCAUUCAACAUCAAACUACUCACACUGGAGAGAAAUCUUAUAUAUGUAAUAUAUGUGGAAAAGCCUUCAGCCAGAGUGCAAACCUUACUCAGCAUCAUAGAACACAUACUGGAGAGAAACCAUAUAAAUGCAGUGUGUGUGGGAAAGCAUUCAGCCAGAGUGUACACCUUACUCAACAUCAGAGGAUUCAUAAUGGAGAAAAACCCUUUAAAUGCAACAUAUGUGGGAAAGCAUAUAGACAGGGUGCAAAUCUUACUCAGCAUCAAAGGAUUCAUACCGGAGAGAAACCCUAUAAAUGUAACGAAUGUGGGAAAGCUUUUAUUUAUUCCUCAUCACUUAAUCAACAUCAGAGAACUCAUACUGGAGAAAGACCCUAUAAAUGUAAUGAAUGUGAUAAAAAUUUUAGCCAGAGAACAUGCCUUAUUCAACACCAGAGAAUUCACACAGGAGAGAAGCCCUAUGCAUGUCGUAUAUGUGGUAAAUCCUUCACCCAGAGUACAAACCUUAUUCAGCAUCAGCGAGUUCAUACAGGUGCCAAACAUCGAAAUUAGUGGAUAUGGGAGACUUCAUUUAGGUAUUACAACUUAAUCAUUUAAAUUUUAUUUUUUACUCCGUGUGUUAAAAUAUUAUUCAAAAGAAGUGCAAUAUAUGUUAAAUAUCACUGAGCAGACGUAUCAGAAUUAGUAAUGUGGAUAUAACCUAUUUAAAUUUAAUGUGAAAUUUAAGAAGAAAACUUCAUAUUACUAUAUUAUUUGAUAUCAGUUUAAUUCAUUCCAGAAAGAAACCCUGUGAAAGUAAGAGUAGUCAGAAACCUAUAAAUCACAAACUCUUACUCUAUUUCAGAUACUUCUCAGUGAGGCCUUAUGAAUGUAACUUGGGAAAGCUUCCAUCAAGUAGAGAUUUCACACUAGAGAGAAAUCCUGGGAUAAUAGAAAAGAAAAGCUGCCUUCAGGCCUUUAGUUCUUCCCAGCUUUGAAGCCUUAAAUAGCAUGGAAAGGGUUCCCUCUUUUUACUUCCUUUUUCCUAUUAAUGCCAUAACUGCCAUGAGGAACCAGUAGGUUUGAAAAAAAAUUGAAAUUAUCUUAAAAGAUUUUUAUGUGGCCACUGUUUAAUUAUACUUUCCUCUAAAUACUGAAAUAUUAAAGAACAGAACCCUAAUAAAAGAUGAUCUGUUAGGAUAGAAAAACUAAUGUCUGUAUCUAACCCUUAAACAUGUACAGAUUUAAAUAGGCAAAAAUUAAACACGCAAGCUUAAAUUUAUCUCUAAAACAGCCUUAGUUUCACUAGGUUUUGACAUCUGUCAUCUUGAAGGAAAAAAUAAGUAUACAGUUCUUUUUUUUUCACCUGACUCCUAAAUUUAUAACUUAAAGUUCCCCUUUGACUUUUACUGUAGAAAGUCCAUUUCCUCCAUUGAAACACGUUUCUUGAGUGCCUACUGUGCUCAGGAACCAAACUUCCUAAUUGGAUCCUUUCAGGGCUUCCUGUAGUGCUGCAAAUCACAGCUGAAUUAAGCAACAGAAAGCUUUCUAAAGUAAUGAAAGAUAAAGUAAGGACGUGAGCUUAACUAGUGUGUCAUGGAAUGAGCAUAAGAAACCUAAAAUGGGUUGCCAAAGCCUGUAUCGUAAGGCCAGGGAGUAAUGAAAAGCAGCUAUCUAAACAGUGUUAGGAAAAGUAAGUAAUGGAAAAUAGAUACGAAUUUAGUGCAGAAAGUGAAUCAGGGUGAAAAAUGAAGGUGAAGACGUAACAAUGAAGAAAGAAUAUAUAGGUAACUUACAAUGUGAAAUGUUACUGGACUUGGAUUACCUAAGAAAAGUGACUAAUUGAAUAAAACAAAAUUCAGCCUGUUUAUGAGAAAAAACUAAAAAUGAAAACUAAAAAUGACUGGUUUUAAAGGAAUAAUUGUAAUUGGUACUUUUUAAUACAUACAAAUAAAAUAGGGUUUACUCUUAAAAUAUCAGAAAAAUUUCAUUGGAAAAAGUAUUUAUGCAGAAACUGUCACUGAUGCAGUAUUCAUUAAACACUAAUAACUGAGUUUGUCACGGUCCUAUACAGCAUAAAAGGAAAACUGGCAGAAAUGGAAAUAGAAAUAGGUAAAAAUACUAUUGCUUUUAAUAUCGCAGCAUUCCACUAUCAAAAUAUAGGACAAUAUUGUGAGAGCUGAGAUUUCAUCUUGCUCUUAUUUCUUCAGUGCCUUGUGUAUAGUAGGUGGUCAAUAUAUAUUCAUUGAAUUAAUGAAUAAAUAAGUAGAUAAGUUGAGUAAUAAGAAUUAAUGAAUGCGGAAUAAAAUUAGUAUAACUUUUUGUGCAUACAUGCAAAGAAAUACUUAACAAAUAUCAGUCACGGGGUAAUAGGAACUACUUAAAAAUGAAGAAUCCGAAUUCCUAAAUCUUAACAGUGGGAUAUUCCUAAGAAAUCAUUGGAUCUCUUUGCACAGGAAGUUUUCCUGGGCUAGAUGAGGAUAAAUUGAUAGAAACUCUGGCACCAUAAAUAUCAAUUUAGGCUUGUAUUGACCAUGCGUCUUCAUUUGACUGUUUAUAUAAACAUCCUACAAACAGGUGCCGAAAGAAAGACAUAUCUUCAAGGCUUUCUUGUGGAGUGUUUUCUUCAGGAAGUUGUUGCUUUCCCUUGUCCUCACAUUCAUUAACCUUGAUGUCAUGGAAUUACCCUUCACAAAGAGCAGAUUGUGUCAAGGUUGCGUAAUACUCAAAUUAUGCUCAUGCCAUAGUUAUAUGGUUAAAAAAUAACCAUUGUAUUUAAGAUGCAAUAUUUAUAAUGCCUCUUCAUACCUUACAUAACACUUUUUUCUCUGGAACGAAUGUGUGGAGUAUUGUCCAUAGAGCCUUUCUUUGCAUUUGUAUUUCCUGCCUUUAUGUGUUUUAUGUAAAUAAUGCAUUUAUAAGGUCUUCCACUGAUACACUGAAACAAUUGAUGCCCUUAUAAAAUAAUAGAAUAAUAAUAGUGGAGAAUUCCAGAUGUUUGUAUAUUUUUCCCAUUUUUACAGUUGUCUGGCCCACAUGUAAUUCAAGUUUUUUAGCAGAUACUCUUAUUUUCCACAACCUUUUAUUAUGAAGAUGUUCAAAUAUACAGAAAAGUUAAUAAUAAAACAAAUUGUAUCUACCACUUAGAUUUAAAAAUUAACAUUUUGCCAUAUUUUUCUGAACAAUUGGACAGUAAUUUACAAACACGACAUUUCACCCCUAAAUACUUAAGCAUGCAUCUCAUAAAAAGUGACAGCCUUUUACGUUACCACAAUACCAUUACAUACCUCAAAAAACGAACAGUGAUUCCCUAAUAUCUAAUGCUUAACCCUUGUUUUAAUUUUUCCUGUUAAUCCAGUCAAGUUUCACACAUUAUAUUUGAUUGUUAUGUCUGUUUCAUCUAUCUAGAACAGUCUCCCACCUUUGAUUUUUUUUCCAGGACUUUCUCUUUUAAUGGAGCAAGUCAGUUGUAAAAUAUAUCACAUUCAGAAUUUAACUGAUUGUUUACAAUCAGUUUGUUUAUUAAAUCAAAUCAGUGGUUUAUCUUGUUCCUCUAGUUUCUUUAAAUUAGCAGUUAGGGCCUAAUGUAUUCCAGUUAAACAUUGUUAAUUAACAUUAAUACUUUACUGAUGUAUGUCAUUAAUCACAUCAAAAGCGUUAUUUUAAGUUGGUGCAAAAGUAAUUGCUGUUUAAAAGCUUAAAAAUAAUUGCAAAACCCGCAAUUACUUUUGCACCAGCCUAAUGUCUGGUUGACUCACUAUCAGUGAUGCAAAAUUUGAUUACUCAAUUGAGGUAUGAUUUUCCUGUUAGUUAAAUAAUCUGUGGACUGAGACCUUGGCAGCAUAUGGAUAACCUGGUUACCAGCAAACUUUCACCUGGUGGUUCUGUUAUCCAAUGAUAAUGAUCCUUGCCUGAAUCAGUUGAUUUCAUCAAGAUUUGCAAAAUGGUGGUUUUCUACUUCUAUCAUUCUUUCUACAUUUGUUGACUGGCAUUCUUCUGUAAGGAAGCGCUUUGCUUCAUCAACUGGAAUGCACUUGAGGCAGGGUCAUGCUCAGUUCUUUACCAAUUUUCAGAGUAAGGAGUUGGCAGUGAUGACAAAUGAUGCAAUGCAUUAUGGUCAAUUAUGAUCAUUGUUUCUCAAAUUGUCCCAGAUUUGGCUAGUUGUAACCUUUCAGGUAGUUCUUACAUCCAUCAACGUUCCUCUCCAGUAUUUGGGCACUUAAUUGCCUUCUGACACAAGGUAUCUCAGGUUCACCUUGCACUUUCAAUGCCCCAGAUCUGAGCCAUUUCUCCGUACAUCCCUGGCUCUUUUUAGUAGACAACUAUUUCAAAAUCAAGGUGUGGGCACUAGGCAUGCUCAUUGCUACAAGGGUGUGAUUAGCAAGUAGCCUUUGAGCCUCUCCAACCAUUCAACCUAGUUUUCAUAAAGACAACUCUACUUGUCUAAUAUCUAAUUAUGUAAUGAGAGAUAAUUACAUAAUGGGACAAACUUAUUUUGAAAGCAAACAGCUAACUUGUUAAGCAUACAACUAAAUUGGAGAGAAUAGAAGUGUUUAUGUGCACUACAAAGUGGCAGACUUAACUACAAGAGGUCUUGUGCCAAGGCAUCAGAAAGUUUUCCAGAGGAAGGGAGAUUGUCCGUUAAUCUGGCAAGUGGGUUAAGCAGAGAGCAGUUAAAAGCAACUAAGUGUAUUACAACCCCUACUUUGUUUUAACUAUUACAUGUCUUGAUAAUUGUAUAAGAUAAUCACACUCCUUUCCUAUCACAUUCCUUAAGGCAAGUUUCUGAUCAAAAUUUGAAUUCUAAGGACCUUUUUUAUGCAACUCUAAGAACUGGUUUCCCUUGCUAAACUUUUAUUUGGUCUUUAAAAUUUUACUAAGACUGUUAGGUUUCAUUCUUUGACUAUAUCUUCUGGUACCAAUUCACUUGCAUAUGUGCCUGUAAAUGUACUCUUAGUCCUCUAUUUGUUACUCUCCUCAUGGCUCUUUAUUUCCCUAUAAUUAUUAGCCCCUUGGAACACUAGCCACUAAAAAUGGCAAGCAUGUGCACUGUAGUAAUAUGUAUAAAUACGUGUGUAAGCUUGCAAGCAACACUGAGUCCUCUGUGUGGGUGGGGAAAUUGAUGCCCAUGAUGCUGAAGUGUCUUGCCUGAGGUCAUAUACAUACACCAUAGAGUGACAGAAUAAGGGUUGGAACCCAUGGUUCUGGCAUUUAGUUGAGUUUUUCUGUAAAAUGUUAAAUGAAAAUUCAGAGCACAAAAAGUAUGUACCUAAAAUUUUAUAAAAUUACGUAUUUUGAUGAGAUGAGAGCAUUGCAAGUUUUUUGUCUCCCGUCCCUUCGAGUUUCUUAAAUUCAAAUCUUUAAAUGAAAAUAGCCUAACAAAGGAUGCACUUCCCCCACCAAUUUUGGUCUUCUGCCCCAGAUCUUUCCCAUGUUUCAGAAACAUAGUGAUCACCUGGAACUACGUAUCUCUUAAGUACUAAGCAGUUUAAUCUAAAACAAUUGUUCUCACCCCAAAACCUCCUCUUAUUCAGUUCACCAUAACUUUGACAGGGAGGCAAGAAGCCACUCUCUUCACCAGUGGUUAUUUUAGUCCUAUUGGUUUUUACCUCCCUUAUAUUCCAGUUCAUUCUUCCCUAUC